CUUGAUGUUUGAACUUGACACAGACGAGGAACUGGAGCAGACGUUGUAAAAGAAAGCGGACUUUUGAUAUCAUGGAACAGAAUUCAAUAGCGUCCAAGUAUAAAACGUUGAAUGCUGACUUGAAGAAUGUGCAAGGGAGAUUGACGUUUGAGCAAUUUAGAAAAAUUCAUAACGAGUUCAUUGAACUAUCUAAUCUUAUAGAAAAAGCUGACCUGUUUUCUGAAAAUGAGACGCUUGAUGAAGUGUCCACUUCUUCAUUGGCAUACUUACUUGUCUCGUACAAGCAUGGAAAAUUUAUUGAUUCAAAUGCCGUAAGCUCCCAGUUGGGAGUUGAUGCAGAGCCUGCAAAGCGUAACCGGCUGAGGCUAGUCACCCUUCAGAUAGUGGAGUCGAUGAUAUGGAAGUUUGUCUCAUUGGUUGUGCUAGAUUUAAAGAUUGGAGAUUCUCUCGGGGAGGAAGAUGAGAAGUUCAAGGGAAUAUACAAAUGGAUCACAGCGUAUUCAGAUAUCAGACAGCGUGAAAUUUCCAGCCACGGAACGAAAGGAUUUGUAAAGCUGAACGAAUUGGAGCUGAUCAAUUUUAAAGGUGCAGGUCCUAUGGCCCGUAGAGACAUGAAGAUAGACAAAUGGAAUCUUGAAAAGGCAUUGGGGCAAAAGGUGAAACUUAUCGGGGAUACCGAUGACAUGGUAGGAAAAUUUGACGAUGAGGUUGUCAGAAAGGUUCGGAUAGACCAGCUACUGCUUGCGGUGGUUGAAUCUGUCAGUUUGCUCGAGAGUAACGCCAUGGAGAGAGAAAUGUUGACAAAUGUACAGGGAUCGGGCGAUGAUCUGGAACAGCUCAAUAUCGAGGGCAUGAAGCUUAUCAGCCCUGAAACGGAAGACAAGGAUUCCAGGAAAAGCCAAAACAAAGGCUCGAUCUUCGAUAAGGGGUACACAGACAAGCUCGAGUUCUCGGAUAACGACAAAAAGCUUCUCAGCAAAGAGGGCAAGGUUUUGCGUCCUUUCACAAUCGUCAGCUCAGACAAACAGAGAAAGGAGUUACAAAAUAAGGUCUUUGGGACCGGUCAAGUGUUGCCGUCAAUGACUGUUGAGGAGUUGGUUGAGCAGGAGCUACAGAACGGUGGUAUGGUGAAACCAAAGGAGGAGGAGCCCGAGAUCGACGAGGACGAUUACGAGUGGCAGAACAAGGAAACGCGCCGCUUAAGAGAGUGGGACGACUUCACCGACUCCAACAAGAAGGGGAGUGGUAACAAGAUGGGCAACAUUGGGUAGCCACUGCGCUUACCUUUCUUACACUUUUUCUAAACGUUAUAGGUCAAUAGCUGAUGAGAGUAUCCUGUGCAAAUGUAGCCUUCACACUGCGAGCCGUUUUCGUGUGCCACGCGCCCCGAUUAUCAUGGCGCCAAAAAUAUUCAGG